AUGGUGCCCAACGCUCGGCUUCUCUCACAAAAACGCUUCUUCUCCACCAAGACCCUCCACAGAAACCACCUUCAAUGGCCCAUAAAACAAGUCACGAAGUCAAACUUCAACGACUCUCUUCCAGAAAUCAAACAUCACAUUGCCAACUCCCAUUUCAUAGCCCUCUCCUUACAGAACACCGGCUCCUUUUCCACGCCGUGGCACCGCCUCUCUGCCUUCGACACGCCCCACACGGCUUACUCCAAAGCCAAGUUCGCCGCCGAACGCUUUCAAAUACUUCAGUUCGCCGUCUGCCCCUUCAAGAUUGAAGCUCGCAAAGUCGUUGCCUUUCCGUACAACUUUCAUUUGUUCCCCAGAGAUGAACUCAAGCUCGGAAUGCCUUCUUAUAGUUUCACAUGUCAAACAUCGUCUCUAAAUUCCAUGGCGAAAGAGGGUUUUGAUUUUAAUGCUUGUAUAUAUGAUGGGAUAUCAUACUUAUCAAGAGCACAAGAGUCUUCAGCGAAAGUUCGGAUGGGGAAUCCUAUAAUUGUUGAUCAUGAGAAAUCUUCUUUUGCUCCUAUACCUGUCCCAACUGUUGCUGAUACCGUUUUUGUUGAAAGGAUUAGAUCACGUGUUAAACAUUGGAAAAAUGCAUGUACAGACUCGAGUGCAAAGACAGAUGCUGCAGAGGCUUUAGUGAUCUCCCUGAGAAAACUUGUCUUAGGGAGUGAACAGCACGGAUCUAGACCAUGCAUGACUAUUGAUGUUUGUAGUGAACGCCAAGUCCAGCUAGUACUAAAGAUGUUGGAAGAGUUCUCAGACCUUGUUCCUCUAUUAAUCCCUGCAAAGAGUGGAGGAACCCAGGCAGUUCGUGUUGUUUUGACAAGUUCUGAAGAGGACAGGGAUCUUUUAAAGAGGGAGCUUCAAGAUCUUGAAGUAGAACAAGAUAAGAGGGUCCGUGGAUUCCGAGAGGUGAUCGAUUUGAUUUGUGCUUCGCAGAAACCUGUUGUCUCCCACAAUUCCCUUAAUGAUUUUGCAUUUAUUCAUUCAAAAUUUCUAGCUCCUUUACCACCUAAUGUGGUUGAAUUUAUGUCUUCCUUACGCAUGGCUUUCCCUCAAGUACUUGAUGUCAACCAUCUGAUGACAGAUAUUGGUCCUGCAAGAACCAGUAUGUCUGCAAAUAUGUCUUAUCUAAAGAAUAGGUUCUUUGCUCCCAUAGAUAUGGAAAUUCCACACAAAGCUACUGAAAAUGAAAGCAACAUUCAUGGGCAUAAUGUGGUGAAAAUUUGUCAUUUGUUUGGGAAGCUAUGUUCCGUACUGAAUCUCACUCCUACUUCUAGUCGAUCCAGCAACCAUCAUCUGGCUUCAGCUUUUGAUGGAUAUGCAAACAUCUUCAAUCUUAGCUCUGACAGUUGUCAAGAACCAACUGAUGAAGACAUCAGAGUUUGGACCAACAACACACGGAAAGUAAGGUGUGAGGAUGUGGCUUUCUUGUGGGGAUUUCGCAAGAGGAUGUCUGCUGGAACGCUGAAAACCCUUCUCCGAGGGUCCAAUGAAGUUUUUGCCAAAGAAUUUGAUGUCAGAUUGGUGGAUAGGAGUUGUGCCAUGGUGGUAUUUUGGCAACCCAGUUUGCGUGAAACUUUUGUGGAUAUAAUGAACAGCGAAAAAAUUUCCGGAGCUUUAAAGGAAAUGGUUUCUGAAGGACUAAAAGCAACAGGUUAUGAGACCUAUAAACGGGUUUGCAGCUCAGGUUUAUGGGAGUUAGAAUUAGCUGACGCCUUGGACAAAGCUUUAGCUCUUCCUGACUCCAAUUUGGAAGAUGAUUAUGAAACAAAUACAUCAGAAAUUUAUUGGUCCAACGAUUUAAAAAUUAACUUGGAUGAUCUCUGACUCUUAGGUUACAGAACAUUUUUCCUUUGUAUACUUCAGAUUGUUAUUUGUAGUAAUGAAGCUUUAUAUUGGACUGUUUUUGUAUCCCAUUUUAUAAUUUGUUUUUCAUAUAGAAUUAUGAAAUGUACAAUUAUAGGU